AUGGGUCUCCACGAAGACGAAGACCGCCAGUAUGCGGCGGAGGUUCAGGCUGUCAAGGACUGGUGGAAGGACUCGCGCUGGCGCUUCACCAAGCGUCCGUUCACGGCCGAGCAGAUCGUGGCCAAGCGCGGUAACCUGAAGAUUGAAUACCCCUCGUCUGUACAGGCAAAGAAGCUUUGGGGUAUUGUGGAGGAGAACUGGAAGAACAAGCAAGCCAGCUUCACCUACGGUUGUCUUGAGCCAACGAUGAUCACCCAGAUGGCCAAGUUCCUCGACACAAUCUACGUUUCCGGAUGGCAAAGCUCAUCAACCGCCUCUUCAACCGACGAGCCCUCCCCCGAUCUUGCAGAUUAUCCCAUGGACACUGUCCCCCGCAAGGUCAACCAAUUGUUCAUGGCACAGCUCUUCCAUGACCGAAAACAGCGUGAGGAGCGUAUCACCACCCCCAAGGAGCAGCGUGACAAGGUUGCGAAUGUCGACUACCUGCGACCCAUCAUUGCGGAUGCUGACACCGGCCAUGGUGGUUUGACGGCUAUCAUGAAGCUCACCAAGCUCUUCAUUGAGCGUGGUGCCGCCGGUAUCCACAUUGAGGAUCAGGCUCCUGGUACCAAGAAGUGUGGCCACAUGGCUGGAAAGGUGCUGGUCCCAAUCAGCGAGCACAUCAACCGUCUGGUUGCCAUUCGUGCCCAGGCUGAUAUCAUGGGCUCCGACCUCUUGGCGAUUGCCCGUACCGACUCCGAGGCCGCUACUCUCAUCACAUCCACCAUUGACCAUCGCGACCACGCCUUCAUUGUGGGCGCCACCAACCCCAACCUCCAGCCUCUCAAUGACCUGAUGGUCGCUGCCGAACAGGCCGGCAAGACCGGCGAGGCUCUGCAAGCCAUUGAGGACCAAUGGACCGCCCAGGCUGGUCUCAAGCUCUUCGACGAGGCCGUCGUCGACAUCAUCAAUGCCAGCGUCCCCGGCAACAAGAAGGGCCUGAUCGAGGAGUACCUCAAGGCCGCCAAGGGCAAGAGCAACUCCGAAGCUCGCGCCAUCGCCAAGGGCAUCACCGGCGGCUACUACCGCAUUCGUGGCGGUACUCAGACCGCUAUCAACCGUGCGGUCGCCUAUGCGCCAUUCGCCGAUAUGAUCUGGAUGGAGAGCAAGCUGCCCGACUACAACCAGGCCAAGGAAUUUGCCGACGGCGUGCACGCUGUGUGGCCCGAGCAGAAACUUGCAUACAACCUGUCGCCCUCGUUCAACUGGAAGAAGGCCAUGCCCCGCGACGAGCAGGAGACCUACAUCAAGCGUCUGGGCGAACUCGGGUACACCUGGCAGUUCAUUACCCUCGCCGGUCUGCACACCACCGCGCUGAUCUCGCACCAGUUCUCUCAGGCCUACGCCAAGAAUGGCAUGCGCGCGUACGGCGAGCUGGUCCAGGAGCCCGAGAUGGAGCUGGGUGUGGACGUUGUUACCCACCAGAAGUGGAGCGGUGCUAACUAUGUUGAUAACCUCCUGAAGAUGGUCUCGGGUGGCGUGAGCAGCACAGCCGCUAUGGGCAAGGGUGUUACGGAGGACCAGUUCAAAAACUGA